CAUUCUGCCUAUUUCUCGUUGUUCGCUUUGUGUUGCCGCAGUAUUCGCCACAAUACCAUUAUGGCAAUAGGGGUGACUCUAUUUAAGCUGGGGGUAACAAAUGUGAAAUCGGCAAAUGACAUUUUAAGAAACAAAAAACUACAAGAAAAGCAAAUGAGAGCCUUCAUUCCGAGGUCAUUCAUUGAAACAUAUGGGGUUAUUAGGGACAUACCUCUAGACAUUACGGAAGAUGAAAUAAAGUCGAAUGCAAUUUCUGAAGUCAAAAUAACUUCGGUACAAAGGUUUACAAGGCGUGAGAGUAGCGAAUCUGAAAAUCGAAUCCCAACUUUCUCUGUCAAAAUUGGCUUUGCCUCAAAUAAUUUGCCGAAAGAAAUAAAAUUAAACUACACGAUCAUUGAAGUUGAGUAUUUCUACCCUUUCUUACGUCAGUGUCUAAACUGCGGUAGGUUGGGACAUACUGGAAAAGCCUGCAGGGCGAACAAAAGGAUACGCGACGUCCCAAGUCCUGGUGGCAUGAAGGUUUGGAAAAACUGUUCAGGCUACAACUAGCUGCAAACAAAAAGUGCAACAAGUAUCCCACGGCUCAAAACUUUAAGGAAGCGACUGAAGCCAAGGAAAACUGGAAAAACGCGGUAGAAGAAGCUAAAAAGGAAAACUACAGCAAAAAUCUUAACUCACUCAAUAGUCACCCCAACACCAGAGAGGCAUGGAAAUUCGUAAAAAAUAUUAAAAAUGCGGGAUCUUCGGAAUCCAAGCAACAGUGGGACGACACGAACAAUAGAGUGUACCUGCAGCAUCUGAAAAAUCAGGUUAGACAAGAUGCAAAUACCAAUAAUAAUGAAAGUGCACAAAAAGUGGAUGACCUGGAGUCCUGGGUGCCUGCUUUUGGGGAAGAGGAACUGAAAAAUGUUCUAAAAAAGAAAACGUAAAGGUCAGCAGGGGGUGUGAUCAGAUCACAUACGAAAUGCUACGAGCUCUGUCGGAAACGGCGCAAA